AUGUUAUUUACCGCUCGGCGUGACCGGGGCGAACGCGGCCACAGCGCCGGCCCCGCCGCCGGUCCCCGGGGCCCCGCUGGCAGCGCCCGGGCGGCAGCACCCCGGGCGGGCCGCCCGCCGCCCCCGCGGGCUGGGCGCUGCCGCGGCUCCGGCACGGCGAGCGCGGUGACAGCAGAAAAUGGAGCGGCCCGGGGGCGGGCGGAGCGGAGGGCGGGGCGGGCGGGCGGCCCCGGGGCGCUGCGGCCGCCCCUCCCUCACUCCCUCCCUCCCUCCCUCCGCCCUGCGCCGCGCCCGCCGCGGGGACACCGAGCGCCGCGCCCGCCGCCUUUGUCACGGCGGGUGGGCGCCGGAGCCCGGCCCGCCCCGAGCCCGCUCCCCUCCGCCCAGCGCCCCCGCGGGAGGAUGCCGCGUCCCCGCCCCGGAAUAGGGAAAGCCCGCGGGCCCAGCCCCGGGCCAUUCCGCGCGGGGGAGGGGGAGCGGCGGAGGAGGAGCCCCCGCCGGUCCCGGGGGAGCCGCGGCUCUCGCCCGGACCCUCGGCCGGGGCGGGGAGGACGGGCGGAGGCGGGGGGGCCUGCGCAGCGGGGGGGGCCCGGGCGGAGGGAGGGAAGCGAGCGCGGCCGAGGGGCGGCCGCCACAGCGGCUCUUCCGCGCCCGGGCAGGGCUCCCGGCGGGAGACCACACCCGGCAGCGCCCGCCGCCCGCGCCCCGGCCCCCGCCCGCGGGGGCGGCGCUCCCCUCCCUGCGCCCGCGGGGUCGCCCUCACCUGCCGCCCCCUCCGCCGCCGCUUCCCCCUUUUUCCCUCCUGUCCCCGGCGGAGGAGGGCCCCCGCCGCCCCGCGCGGCGGCCCCCGCUCCCCGCUCCUUCCCCGCGGAGCCGCCUCGGGGGGAGCGGAGCGGGCUGGGCGCUGCCCCCCGGCCGCCCCGCUCAGCGCCCCCGGCCCGCGGCGUGCCGGGGGCCGGUCGCGGGCGGCGGCCCCGUUACCUGUGCGCGGCGGGCGGGCGGGCGGGCGCGGGUGCGUCGGUGCGGGCAGGCGGCCGGCGCGGACUGUGCGGCUCUGGCGCUCGCGGCGCUGCAGCCUCGCUCCCUCCCUCCCUCUCCCGGCGCCGCGCACGGGGCGUCUCCGCCAAUCAACGCGCCGCUCCUCGCGGGCCGCGCGCCGGCCGUGACGUCAAGCGGCGCCAUGGCAACGGCGCGCGAGGGCGCGCGCGAACACCCCCCCCGCCCUCCCGCGGUCACGCCCAGAGCCGGCGGCGGCCCCGCCCGUGGGCGCGCGCCUGCACCCCCGCCCCCACCCGAGCCGAGCGCGCUCCCGGGUGCCGCGGGUUCGGGGCCGCGUCCCGCCCCGGCACCGGCACCGGCCCGGCCCGGCCCGGCCCGGCGGGGACACCCCCGCACCCGCCCGUGGGCGGCGGAGCGCUGCCCGCGCCUGCGGCACGGAGCGGGGGCGGCGGCACCGCCUCCUCGUGCGGCCUGUGCGCGGAUGUCUCCGCCGCCCCCCGCGCACCCGGGCGGGCUCUGCGGGCUUUGUGCCGCCCGGAGCGCCCCGUGUGGCCCCAGUAA